UUACAUGUGAAAAAGUAAGCGAACCAGAAACGUUCAAAUAUUUUCAACGCAGUAGGUUUGUUAAAACUGUGAAUACUUCGAAGUGAAAAUAUUUUUCUAUUUGGAUAUAGGUUACGGAUGAAAUAGGAUAUAAAAAUAAGAUUUUCUAAUGAGAACUGUAAAAGGAGCUGAAAAUGAAAGUUAUUGUGAAGGACGGACGGACGGACGACGGAUAUCGUAUGCAUCGCGAGUAUUCGACAACCAAGGAAUGAAAACUCCAUUGACGGUAAAUGUAGAAUGUUCGUGAUUCGCAUCAAUAACUUGAGAAAGGCCAGUGUAUCACUUGCAAUCUGUCUGACACAAGACGAGUCUGCAAACACCGGUGUGGUUCUUUAUCAAACUACACAUAGACACCUCUUGGACAACACAAUUUGCAAAUGCAAUGAAAUAAGGAUACCAGUGUAACUUACUGGAAAACUGGUUGAACAUGGACUUGCCAGUUUCUCCGUUACAUGUGGACCUUAUUGUAAAGUUUGGCGGUAGUGCUGUUACCGACAAGACUAAGCUAGAAACUUUGGAUGAAGAAUCUCUGCGUAAAGCGGCAGAACUGAUAAGCCAAUGCUAUAAACAACGCUUGACAUGUAUCGUUGUUCACGGAGCAGGUUCGUUUGGUCAUCAUCAAGCAAAAGAAUACAACGUGAACUCUGGCUGGGUUCAUUUUGAAGAUAAAAAUGAGAUGGAUCGUGUUAAGAGAGGAUUCUGUCUUACAAGAAAAUCUGUAACUAUGCUUAACCAGCACGUAGUUAAUAGUUUGCUACAACAGAAUAUUCCAGCUGUAGGGUUAUCAGUUUGCGGAGAAUGGGUAACGGAGGAGGGAACAGUUGUGACGUAUAGUACAAAUUCAGUUAGGGAUGCCUUGAGAAAUGGAUUCAUUCCUGUUCUGCACGGGGACUGUGUUUUAGAUCGUGUCAAAGGUUGUAAUAUUCUGAGUGGGGACACCAUUAUACGGACACUUUCUGAAGCCUUUAAAGUCAACAGAGUGGUGUUCCUAACUAGUGUUAAAGGUGUCUAUAACUGUCCACCAGAAAAUAACUCUGAAGCCUGUCUUUUGAAGACUAUAACAGUGGGCAAACACGGAAAUAGCACAGCAACAUCAAGUGGUGAAGGUCGAAACAUAGAUACGAAGAAUGAAGGCACGGACGUAACAGGAGGGAUGACAUUGAAAUUUCAAACUGCUGUCGGCAUUGCACGGGACACAGAGGGGAAGACUAAAGUGUUCAUAUGUAUGAUUGGUUCGAGAUAUGCAACAGCUGCUUGCUUGUAUGGGGCUAACAAGAGACACGAUGAAGAUGACUCGGGCACUGAGAUUAUUUUCACGACUUAAUAAUGUUUAACUUUUAAUGCUCCUUGUAUAUGAUAUUAUUUUGAAUCAUUGGUGCAAUAUAAUCAACUGAAAUCAUUAACAAAUAGUCUGUAAUAUAAUCCAUCCGAACUGCG